UAAAUGUCUGGCGGUGUAUUUCAAAGAAUGAACGGGAAGGACUUUUCUCUCACCUGAAAGACUUAUCCCUGGAAAACAUCUGCAUGUCAGAGGAGCAGUUCAGACGACUAUUGCAGUCUUUCAUAAAAGCGGGAGGUACGUCAUUGCGGUUGUGGGAGUUUUCCAUAGAACCGGAAGAUGAUGUACCGCAGCUUCAGAAUGGAUACGAGCAGCAGGUAGUAUCGUCUGACUGUAGAACAUGCAUUCAUCUUGUGCUUGUUACCAUCACAGUAGAUGGGUUUAUUCGGCUUAUUGAUUACGUGACCAGAUGCGGUCAAUCCGUGGAAUGUGACUUGAAAUUAAUCACCCUGGAAUCAAACCCUGCUGCUGAACAACCAGUCUUACCGAUGUUGGGUCCACAGCCUAUCUCAGCUGAUUAUACCACGGUGUUGGAACUAUCUUGUAUUAAGAUGUCAACAGAACAAAUUUGUCAAAUCAUCGGUAGGAUUAAUCAACUCGACCAUUCAGUAACAUUAACAUUGGAGGGGUGUACCGUAAAAUCAGACGAGUACACUCCGCUGAGGCAUCAGAUGGUGCCUCCUCCAAACACGUCACUAAACUAUACCAAACAUAUUACGAUCAAACGCAUGAACAUAUCGGAAACAUUGUGUUUGUAUGCUGCUUCCAGUGCAAUUUAUUAUGGAUACACGUGUAAGAUAUCAUGGUGUGAUAUACUGCCCAGUGAAGUGCCGCAUGCAGACAAUCUUCACUUUCCCCAGAUGGCUGCCAUCCACUCACCUGCUCAUAGAGCAAAACUCACUUUUUAUGUCGCAUCAAUACCACAACACGUAGUUGAGCGUCUCGCCUGCCAAGCAAAAAUUUCUCAACAUUUGGUUGAGUGUGUGUUAGAUAAGUGUGAUGUAGGGCCUCCUCCGGAAGUCUGGUCAUUGAAGGAAAAGAUGGAGGAAGACCCUGUCAUUCAGAUCGAGGAAUUCAAGUUUGAACCAAACAACGACGAGCCCGACUAUUGGUGGCCCAAAAGUUAUAAAGCGGACCAAACAUGGGACAUCCGUUUUAAAGCAACCGCAAAAAAGUCUGCACUCACUGAGUCCACUGCAGAGAAUGCCGAAGUCACGGAAUGUACAUGAAUGUAGAACGGACGUCGGAGUAUUGGACAACGUGCGAUCAACACGGACAGUUCAUUUAUGCUAAGUUUUAUUAGAACGUUUUAUACAACUUGUGCCUGCAUUUUCGAGACUUAAAGUUCAAUCAGGCAAAGUGUAACGAGCACAAUUGCCAUUUUGGAGAUUUAGAGUUUAAUAUGGCAAAGUGUAACAAAAGCUUUGGCACAAUUGGUGCCUGCAAUUGGGAUACUAGAGUACACUCAUGUAAAGUGUAAGAAAAAACAAUGUACACAAUUUAUGAGAUUGAAACGUAUUUGGAAUUGCUUUUGUAGAUACUUAAAUUACAAAUUCAUUUUAGCAUAAAUUUCUGUAAAUACUCUCAUCAUUUGAUAGUUUUUUUCACAAGGUAUAUAAAUGUCACUUUUCUUGAAUCAUAUGUAUCGUUUUUUAAAGAACGUUUGAAAGAUAAUUGCUUAGUUUCUUGUUGAUAUAAUGAUGCAAAUAUGUAUUAUAAAUUAUAACAACUCAGGCACAUACGGUGAAAACAACCAUAGUUAUUUUUUUUUCCAUUUGGCCCCCUUUAUUAAGAGUCACCUUCUGCAUUUUGCCCCCUUUAUCAAGAGUUAUAUUGUGUAUUUUGUUCCCCUUGAUCAACAGUUAUCCUUUCCAAUUGGCCCCUUUAUGAACUGUUAUCUUUACCAUUUGGCCCCUUUAUGAACUGUUAUCUUUACCAUUUGGUCCCUUUAUGAACUGUUAUCUUUACCAUUUGGUCCCUUUAUGAACUGUUAUCUUUACCAUUUGGUCCCUUUAUGAACUGUUAUCUUUACCAUUUGACCCCUUUAUGAACUGUUAUUUUUACCAUUUGUCCCCUUUAUGAACUGUUAUCUUUACCAGUUGGCCCCUUUAUGAACUGUUAUCUUUACCAUUUAGCCCCUUUAUGAACUGUUAUCUUUACAAUUUGGCCCCUUUAUAAACUGUUAUCUUUACAAUUUGGCCCCUUUAUAAACUGUUAUCUUUACCAUUUGGCCCCUUUAUGAACUGUUAUCUUUACCAUUUUGCCCCUUUAUGAACUGUUAUCUUUACCAUUUGGCCCCUUUAUGAACUGUUAUCUUUACCAUUUGGCCCCUUUAUAAAAUGUUAUCUUUACCAUUUGGCCCCUUUAUCAAAAGUUGUCUUUUUUUAUUGUCCCCUCUUUAUGAAGAGUUAUCUUUUCAAUUUGGCCCUUUUUAUCAAGAGGUAUCUCUUAUAGUUGGCCCUCUUUUUCAAGAGUUAUCUUUUAUAUAAUACCGUUUUUAUCAAGAAUUAUCUUUUCAAUUUGGGCCCCCUUUACAAAGAGUUAUAUUUUCUAUUUUGACCCAUUAAUCAAUUAAAUUGUUUGGUAUCCUUUAUCAGAAACGAUCUUGUCCGUUUGGCCCCUUUUUCAUGACUUAUCUUUUCCAUUUUGCACCCCACCCCCUCUUUAUAAAUAGUUGUCUUUUCCAUUUGGUCCCCUUCAUCAGAGUUAUCUUUUCUAGUUGGCCCCUUUUCAAAAUUAUCCGUUCAUUUAGCCUCCCUCUUCAUCAAGAGUUAUCUUUUUCCUAUAUCCCCCCUUUAUCAAGAAUGCAAUUGUCCAUUUGUCAAGAGUAAAACGAUCGGUGGAACAGCCAUACAUUUUACCUUGUUAUUUUAUAAGUGAAUCACUUUGAUGUAACAAAGAAGUCAUUUUCCAUACUUAUUUCUGAUUUUGAUAUGUUUAUUUAAGUAAUUGACUGUAAGAUGUGCGUGUAUUAUUGAUUUGGUAUUCACCAUAAUGCUUGUAAAAGUAUGUUUGUCGAUUUGAAGGUACGAUGUGAAAUACAUAUCUUUAGUUAUUGAUAUGAUUUUAACGUGUUUAUUGUGAAUUGGUUGACCCUCUGCAUGAACAACAGAAUAACCAAUUAACAAUGUAUGGAUUUUUGGAUAUCCACGUUGGUAUACACCAUUGGUUUCAAUAACAUCCCGAGGCUGACAUGGGCCAUUUAUAAUAAUACAAAGCUUUCAGAAAGAGAUAUGAGUAAUCAAACGAUUGAAAUACCUCUCUUUCCUAACUUCAUUCGGAUAGCAUAAAAUAAAAUAGUGUGCUUUAAGAUAACUUAUACAGUAUGUAACAUUGGAGGAAAAGAAAAGCAAAAGCGUGUACAUGUAUAACAUACUGUCUGUUAAAUACCCUUUGCCAUGAUUCAUUUUUUCUCUUUUAUUUAUGCAUUCAUGAACAUUGUUUCAAUAUCCUUUAUCAAUCAGAAUCUAUGUAUACAGAAAUAAUUGUGUCAAUAUGUUCCUAUUUAUAAGUUCUGAACAUAAUAAAUGAUAGUUUCAUGUUUGCUUUGUACUUUUUGUAAAUAUGUUUUUUGAAUGAACAUACGAUAUUUUGAAUUGAAAAACACGAAGAAAUGAAAAAUAGUUCGUACUUCUGUACACCUUUGUGUUAAAUCUAUUACUUACAAGAAUUUUAACCAUAUAUUUUUAAUUUCUAUCAAUUGUAGUAUUCCUUUGUAAGUAAAUAAUAGUAAUUCGUAAGCGGUACGUGAAAUGAAAGAUCAUUGUAUGAUUAUUUUUUUAGCUUUGAAUAACCUGUGAAAAUCUUGUUUGUGUACAUAAAUGAAUUCAUUACGAAAAACUUUAUGCAAAACUGAAAGAAAUCAAUAUAUACAUGUUUCAUUGAAAUUAACUUAUUAAGUAUAUAUCUGUAUAUACAUUAACCUAUGUUAUUCAUUGCAGUUGUAGUAUGCCCAUGUAAAUAAGUACAUUGUUCAUUUAUUCACAUGAUUAGACGUUACAUGUACGAACUGAUCAUUGUAUGAUGUUUUGUAUUUUGCUUUGGAUAACUUGUGUAUAUAGUUAUUGGAUGAGUUAUUGUUUUCUUUAAGGGAAAGUCGCAUUGUUGAUAAAGAAUUGAAUUUAUAACAAAAAACUCAAAGGAAUCAAUAUGUGAAAGUUUCCUAAAAUUUCCUUUUAUGGAAAUUUCUGCAUAUUAUUUUAAACCUUGGUUAUUCAUAUCAGUUGUAGUAUGCCCAUGUUUAUCGUACAUUGUUUAUUUAUUCUGAUUAGACGGUACUUGUAUGUACUGAUCAUUGUAUGAUAUUUUGUAUUUUGCUUUGUACAAGUUUUGAACAUAGUUAUUGGAUGAGUUAUUGUUUUGUUAAAGGGAAAGACACCUUAACAAAUGAAGUUGACGGUAAAAGAACGUGUUUUAAAUAUUUUUGCUUUUCCAUUGUAAUGAGUAUAGUGUUGAUGUAUUGAAAAAAGUAAAAAUCACAUGAAAGAAGGUUAAUGGUGUCUGUAAUUCAUUUACAUUUCGUAAGUUGAUUACUAUUGUUCCAUUACUGAACGCAGUCGACGUUACAUCAAUGUAUAUUGAUUGACACAAUAUGGUGACUGACAUGUAUUUGCUUUCCCAAAUUGUAAUUAUUGUAUUUUUCAAUUACUGAGCUAAAUAGACGGAACAUGGACGUAAGGUAAUGUUGUAUGCAAUUCAUUUACCUUUUACAUGUUCAUUUCUAUUUUGUUCAACUUGUUGAACUUAGUAGAUAUAACAUUACCAUCCAUUUAUGGUGUCUGCAAUUCAUUUACUUUUCAAUGGUUAAUUACUAUAGUGUUAAGUUUAUAAGCUUAGCAGAUGGAACAAUAACGUAUGUUAAUGGUGUCUGCAAUUUAUUAACUAUUCGCAUAAUAAUUACGAUAUUGUUCAAGUAUUGAAAUAAGAAGACGUAAUAUUAACGUAGGCUUAUGGUGUCUGCAAUUGAUUAACUUUUAUAAGUUAAUUACUCUAUUGUUCAAUUACUGAACGUAGUAGAUGGAACAUUAACGUAAGUUAAUGGUGUCUGCAAUUUAUUAACUAUUCGCAUAUCAAUUACGAUAUUGUUCACUUAUUGAAAUAAGUAGACGUAAUAUUAACGUAGGCUUAUGGUGUCUGCAAUUUAUUAACUUUUUAUAAGUAAACAACGAUAUUGUUUACUUAUUUAACUACGAAGACGUAUUAUUAACGUAAGGCUAUUGUAUCUGCAAUUUAUUUACUUUUCAUAAUUAUUGCGUUUCGACUUGAGGGUGUUUUAAAAAAAGGCAAAGGUUUUUUAUUUCGAAAUAUGACCAAAUUUUAACUGUCUAGGUCGCAAUCGUUUUCAAGUUUCAGAAUGAUGUAAGUGCUUUUUUAUUUAGUCUUAUACAGUUUAUAAAAGAAAGAUAUAACUUUAUUGGAUAAAGUCAAAUAUUCCCAAUAGUGAAUUAAAUAUCCAUGCUUUGGAAGCUUUCAAUCACCCUUAUUGUUUAUAGAAAUGUUGUAAAAUAUAAGUGCUGCACGCAUGCUGUGUUAGUGACCUCUGAUAUAGACACAAUUCAUGGAUGAAGAAUUUGAAGUCUAUGUAUGGACGAUGUGUAAUUAUUCCGUUUUGUAUUGAGUGGAAUAGUGAGUUUUAAAUCUGUGUAUUGAUAGUGUGUAUUUACUAUUAGUGUGAUGGUGUGUAUAAACUCUGGGUUUGGGUGGCGUGUAAUAUCUUUAUGUGUGUAUGGUGUGAAUUUGUUCUAUGUAUGAAUGGUGUGUAAUAACUCUUUGUAUUGAUAUUAUAUAAUAACUCUAUGCAUGAAUGGCUUGUAAAAAUAUAUUUUUUGUAAUAACUGUAUGUAUGGAUGGUUUAUAAUAUCUCUAUUAAAAUCGUGAUUGGUAACUCUAUAUUUGCAUGGUGUGUAAAACUAUAUGUGUGGAUGGUGAGUUCUAACUCUAUAUAAGGGAUUAUGUUUUAUCACUCUAUGUAUUGACCGUGUGUAAUAACUUGCAUGGAAUCAUUGUAAUAAUCAUAUUUUAUGGUGUGUAAUAACGCUUUUAAAUGGAUGAUGUGUAAUAAUGUUAUGCGUGGGUGCUGGGUAAUAGCUCUAUGUGUGUAUGGUGUGUAAUAUAACUAUAUGUAUGUAUAUUACAUUCUUACUAUAUGUUUGGAAUAUGUGUAAUAACUAUAUGUAUGGAUAGUUAACAUUACCUCUAUGUUUAUAUUGUGUGUAAGAACAAUUUAUAUGGAUGAUGCAUUCGAACUAAAAGUAUGGAGUGUGUGUAAUAAGUAUAUGUAUGGACGAUGUGUAGUAAAUGUAUGUAUGGAUAGUUAACAUUAACUCAAUGUUUGUAUGGUGUGUAAGAACUAUGUGUAUGGAUGAUGCAUUCGAACUUUAUGUAUGGAUUGUUUGUAAUAAUCAUAUGUAUGGACGAUGUGUAGUAACUAUGUAUGGAUUGUGUGUAAUAAGUAUAUGUACGGACGAUGUGUAGUAACUAUGUAUGGAGUGUGUGAAAUAAGUAUAUGUAAGGACGAUCUGUAGUAACUAUUAAUGGAGUGGGUGUAAUAAUCAUAUGUAUGGACGAUGUGUAGUAACUAUGUAUGGAUUGUGUGUAAUAAGUAUAUGUACAGACGAUGUGUAGUAACUAUUAAUGGAGUGGGUGUAAUAAUCAUAUGUAUGGACGAUGUGUAGUAACUAUGUAUGGAUUGUGUGUAAUAAGUAUAUGUACGGACGAUGUGUAGUAACUAUGUAUGGAGUGUGUGAAAUAAGUAUAUGUAUGGACGAUGUGUAGUAACUAUGUAUGGAUUGUGUGUAAUAAGUAUAUGUACAGACGAUGUGUAGUAACUAUUAAUGGAGUGGGUGUAAUAAGUAUAUGUAUGGACGAUGUGUAGUUACUAUGUAUGGAGUGUGUGUAAUAAGUAUAUGUACGGACGAUGUGUCGUAACUAUGUAGGGCGUGUGUGUAAUAAGUAUAUGUACGAACGAUAUGUAGUAACUAUGUAUGGAGUGUGUGUAAUAAGUAUAUGUAAGAACGAUCAGUAGUAACUAUGUAUGGAGUGUGUGUAAUAAGUAUAUGUACGGACGAUGUGAGGUAACUAUGUAUGGAGUGUGUGUAAUAAGUAUAUGUAAGGACGAUGUGUAGUAACUAUGUAUGGAGUGUGUGUAAUAAGUAUAUGUACGGACGAUGUGAAGUAACUAUGUAUGGAGUGUGUGUAAUAAGUAUAUGUAAGGACGAUCUGUAGUAACAAUGUAUGGAGUGUGUGUAAUAAGUAUAUGUACGGACGAUGUGUAGCAACUAUGUAUGGAGUGUGUGUAAUAAGUAUAUGUAAGGACGAUCUGUAGUGACUAUGUAUGGAGUGUGUGUAAUAAGUAUAUGUAUGGACGAUGUGUAGUAACUAUGUAUGGAGUGUGUGUAAUAAGUAUAUGUACGGACGAUGUGUAGUAACUAUGUAUGGAAUGUGUGUAAUAAGUAUAUGUACGGACGAUCUGUAGUAACUAUGUAGGGAGUUUGUGUAAUAAGUAUAUGUAAGGACGAUGUGUAGUAACUAUUCAUGGAGUGUGUGUACUCAUAUGGCAAUACAGUGGAGUCGUAUUUUUACUGUAAAAUGAACAUAUCUAGUGCUGUUCAUAAAUAACUAUAUUUUGAUUAAAAUUUCAGCCAAUAAUUGAAUAGAUGAGUGUAUGAUAUAUAUAUAUAUAUUGUUUUAAGAGAUUGAACAAAUGUGUUUAUAUAGUGUGUUUUGCUACUUGAGAUUGAGUCAAUGUGUGUAUUUAAUAUACAUUGCUAUGAUAGAUUGAAUAAAUGUCUGUGAAUGAUC